CAGCCAUAGCUGAGCUAUACCUGCAUGCAUUUCAACAAUCCGUAUGGAGAACUUAGAAACUUUACUGAACACGUUUCACAAUAGAGCCAUGGAUUCACUGAAUACCACCAUGGAUUCACCCCCUGCCGCCGUACUUUAAAUAGAGCCAUCCUCGUUGCACCCCCUCACCAUCCCACCUCGAGCUCGAGCUCGCAAGAACCAGAGCGUAGAACCAUCAAGCAAAGCUCCACCUCGACCACCAUGGCAGGCAGCAGCAGCUUGGCGGCUCUCUCCUGCGUCCUCGCGGUGGCCCUGCUCGCCGCCACGGCGUCGGCGGAGGGGGAGAAGGAGACGCGCCUGCGCGUGUUCUGGCACGACGUGGGGAGCGGGGGCCCGAACGUGUCGACGGUGGUGCUGGUCGCCAAGGGCCCCAACUCCGACGCCUCCGCCACCAGGUUCGGCUACGUCACGGUGAUCGACGACCCGCUCACCGAGGGCCCCAACCUGACGUCGAGGCUCCUCGGGCGCGCGCAGGGCAUGUACGUCAGCGCCGGCAAGGACAGCAUGUCGCUGCUGAUGGCCAUGAACUUCGUCUUCGUGGACGGCGCCUACAACGGCAGCAGCCUCGCCAUCCUGGGCCCCAACGCCGUCGAGCGGAAGGUCAGGGAGAUGGCCGUGGUCGGCGGCACCGGCGUGUUCCGGUUCGCCAAUGGUUACUGCGAGGCGAGGACGCAGUGGAUCGACACUAGGACCAGCGACGCCACCGUCGAGUACAACAUCCACGUCCGCCAUGACUGAGGAUGGAUCAUGCAUGCUUCGUCGUGCAACCGCGCUAUUAUUUCUGGUUGCUGAUUUCUUACAUGGCAGUUCGUAUAUAAGCUUAAUUUCUCGAUUGUAGCACUGGUUUUAAGUUUUGAGCUCGUGAGAUGAUGCAGAAUAAUGGGGUAUUGAUAUAAAUAUAAUUGUUCCGUCCAUAUA